AUGCCUUUACAAGUUAGAGAGGGUAAAAAUAACGAGGGUUAUGCUAGCCUCACUCCCUUGGGUUGGUGCGCUCAUGGGAAGGUGUACGUGCCGCAGGGUGUCCGCCCGCCCACGCAGGUCGAGUCUAACCUUUUUAUUUCAGAGUCGGAGCACACGACGGAUACCUCAGAGGGUCUCGAUCUGUUAAGGCAGAUCCACGAGGAGGUCCGCCUGUCAUUCAAGUUGGACACGUUGGGCGUGACGUGCGCGCCGCGGCAGAAUGCGCAGGACGCGCGCGCGGUGGUGCAGCUGCAGCAGUCCGCUGAGCUGCGCGCCGGCCGCUGGCACGUCGGCCUGCCCUGGAAGGAGGACCACCCAUCCAUGCCUGACUCGUAUCCUAGCGCUCUUAAAAGGAUGAAAGGUAUCGAAAAGAAAAUGACUAAAGACUCUGGUUUUGCUGAAAGGUAUCGGGAGCGCGUGGCUCACUUACUUCAAAAUGAUUACGCAUCUGAACUGUCAGAUACUCAGUUUAUAAAAAACUUGAACGCGCGACGGUUCGAGUCAACUAUGCCAGAAGCUGUCGAUGCGAUAUGUAACUCGCAUUACGUAGAUGACUACAUAGACAGUUUUGCAGACGAAGCCUCGGCCAUCAAAAUGGUAAGAAAUAUAAAUUUUAUUCACAGUGCGGGCGGUUUCGAGAUGAGAAACUGGACUAGCAACAGUGUCUCAGUUUUAAAUAGUCUGCCAAAUCAAACCUUAGGGACAGCGGCCGUAAGGUUUAAAGACUUUAAAGUCGAUCAGCAGCAACAAGGUGAGCGUACUCUCGGGCUAAUAUGGUACCCAGCCGAUGAUAAGUUGACAUUCGACUUAUCAUUAAAACGGAUUCCCGAAAGUAUUGUCAACGGUGAUGAGCGUCCUACAAAGCGUCUUAUGCUUAGGGUAAUAAUGUCUAUUUUCGACAUUUUAGGAUUCUUAUCUCCUUUUACCAUUCAGGGUCGAAUAAUGCUGCAGGAUACCUGGCGGUUAAAUAUAGACUGGAAUGAUUACAUUCCGGAUGCUAUUUACAACAAGUGGCGAAAAUGGAUUGACCUACUUAAGGUAAUUAGCGACAUACGUAUACCAAGGUGCUAUCAAUCAGCUGUUCGCAAUCACAGCCACGGAGAUGCCGAGUCUCCAUCUGUGCGAGUAAGCGAGACAGCAGAUCACCGGAGCGCAGCAUCUGCUGGUACCCCGAGCGCGACGUUGCCGUUAUCGACGUACGCGCCUGGCAACGGUGCGCCUACGUCAUGCGCUACGAAGGCCUACGAAUCCGUAGCAGGAGCUACAAGCGCUACGCGCACGGCAAAGGUAGGUUAUAACAACUUACAAUUGCAUGUUUUUUGUGAUAGUAGUACUCGGGCUAUGUGUACUGUAGCUUAUUGGCGUUGGCAGAUAAAUGGUAGUAUUAAAGUUGCCUUUAUUGCCAGUAAAUGUAAGGUUAUGCCUGUAAAGCCAUUGACAGUACCUAAGGCCGAGUUACAAGCUGCACUAUUAGCCGCAAGGCUGGCUAAUACGAUAGGUAAGGAGCACAAGAUAGUUCCCGAGCGGCGUUACUUUUGGUGCGACAGUUCGACUGUCUUGCACUGGGUGCGUAACAAUACGCGCUCAUAUAAAACGUUCGAAGCGAACCGGUUGGGCGAGAUCGAUGAGUUAUCCCGCAGUAGAGAUGUUAUUAUCUACGUGCUAUACCUAGAUUUUGGUCAAGCAGGGAAGUGGACCAACAGGUCGGACUCAGAAUAUGACUCAACCUGCGAAUACAUGUCCUGUAUGACAAGCAAGAAGAAUUCCAAGACUAAGGACCUUGCACAGAGAUCGGACUCAGAGGAAAAGGAGGUUUUUAACGAGCAGACUGGAAAGAAACAGAAGACUCCUGCACAGAAAAGAUCUGCGGAGGGGGACACGAAAGCUUCUAACAAUAAAAAACAGAAGGCGUCUACUUCUAAAACGUAA